AUGGGAGCUCCGGCCAAAGAGACGUCAACGGAGAACACGACAUCCGAGAGCUCUACCACAAAAAAUAGCGCAAACACCGAGGCUGGCUUGGCAAAAAGCAAGAGAUAUCGCAUAGCUCUCGGAGACGUCACUCCAAAUAACUUGGGUCAACUUAAACGUCUCAAUUCAGUCCUCUUUCCUGUCAACUAUAGUGAAAGGUUUUACAAAGACGU